GGGAGACCGGAUAUAGUGAAUGCAGGGUGCGGGGAGACCGGAUAUAGUGAAUGCAGGGUGCGGGGACCGGAUAUAGUGAAUGCAGGGUGCGGGGAGACCGGAUAUAGUGAAUGCAGGGUGCGGGGAGACCGGAUAUAGUGAAUGCAGGGUGCGGGGAGACCGGAUAUAGUGAAUGCAGGGUCUGGGGAGAUCGAUAUAGUGAAUGCAGGGUCUGGGGAGAUCGAUAUAGUGAAUGCAGGGUCCGGGGAGACCAGAUAUAGUGAAUGCAGGGGUCCGGGGAGACCAGAUAUAGUGAAUGCAGGGUCCGGGGAGACCAGAUAUAGUGAAUGCAGGGUCCGGGGAGACCAGAUAUAGUGAAUGCA